CGGAAAUUCACACGAAGAAGAAGUUGGUUAUCAGUCUGAGAAAAAGCCGUGAACUGGUCGCUGGCUGGAGAUUUCACUUUUAUCCGUGAAGGAAAGUACGUUGCUUCGUGGUGAAUGAGUAGAUCUCUUGGGACGGUUUAAUUCCUCCGGUUAGGGGUGUUUUAAAACUAGCAGUAUGUUCGGGAAGAAGAAGAGGGCUCCGUUGCCAAAGGGCCAGGGCGCAGCUGCAGCCAAACAGAUGGGUUUGUUUGUUGACUUCAACCCAGAGGCGAUGACGCAGGACAUAGAUGAUCCGACCGUGGAUGAUGCUGAUCUAGAGGCCGAGUUAUCAGCUCUCACUGGGGGCAAGCCUGCUGGAGGGAGACUAAAGCAGAAGGCCCCCUUACCUAUGGAGAAUAUAGCCAGAAUGGCAGAGGAGUGUAUGAAGGAUAUAUACGAUGAUGAUGAUGAUGAUGAUAACCUGGAAGAUGAUGAAGAUUUACUGGCUGAGCUGCAGGAAGUGGUGGGCGACGAGGAAACGGAGGAUCGUGUGACACCCACCUCCACGGAAGAGACGCCACAAUCACCACCCCAGUUAGCAAGGGCUCCUCCUGCAGUACCUGGCAGUCUGCAGCACACCUUGGAGGAGAGACUGAGUAUGUACCGGACAGCUGUAGCCCACGCCAAGGCCUCAGGGGAAUCGUCUAAAGCACGGAGAUACGACAGAGGGCUCCAGAGUCUGGAGUCCAUGCUGGUGUCAUUGAAGAAGGGGAGGAAGGUGGAUGAGGCUGACAUCCCCCCACCUGUAGCCGGUGGAGCCCCUACCUCCACCGGCCCCCCACGACGUGCUCCUCCCCCUCCGCCCUCUGUUCUUCAACCUGAACCGACACCUCCACAACAGCAGGGGGAGCCAGAGGCUGCUGCUCCUGCUGAAACGUUACCUGUACCUGUCUCCCCUGAGGCAGUAUCACCCAGCAGUGAGGAGGAGCUGUCAUCUAUCUCCACCCUGGCCACUGUUAGCAGCCAUCCUAGCACUGAGGGAGAGGAAGAGACUGGACAGGCCAGCACAGUAGGCGAGGCCACGAAGGCGAUGCUGUUAGGCAGACAGAGAGAGUACAAAGUGGCAGCUCUGAAAGCCAAGCAGCAAGGAGACAUGGAACAAGUCAAACUCUACUUCAGGACCAGCAAGAGGUUUGACGCGGUGAUUGACGCGUUGGAGAAGGGGCAGGAGGUGGACCUGAGUGGCCUGCCACCCUCACUGUCCUCGGGGGUCAUCUCGGCCUUGUCUGGCCCAGAAAAAGAACCCGGUCCUGGACAGACCCCGAGCCCCAAUCCCCCUGCCUCCACACCUCCAGCCCCCUCUGCUGUCCCUGCCCAGCCUAAAGACGUGCUGGAGGCCCUGGAGCAGCGGAGAGACCGGUAUCAGGAGGCCUGCGCCCAGGCCAAAGCCAGCGGAGACGACCGCAAGGCCCGUAUGCACGAGCGCAUCGCCAAGCAAUACCAGAGUGCCAUCCGCACCCACAAAGCAGGAAGAGCUGUCAACUAUGAUGAGCUGCCUGUCCCCCCAGGGUUUCAUCCAAUCCCUGGCCAGGAGGCGGGGACGGGAGCUGAGCAGGGAUUCGCUGCCGUGCUGGAAGCAGCCAAUAAGCUGGCAUCUGAGGAAACCAUAGUGACAGGAGAGGAGGAAGGAGAGAAUGAGGAGAGCAAGCCUCCUGUUCCUGAAAAGUUAAAGAAGCCCAUGUUGGCUGUUCCUCCCACGACCCAGAGGCCCAAGAGGAGCACCUCUCCCUCUGCAGACAGGACCCACCAGAGAGAGAGCCUGUCUGCUACAGCGCUGCAGCAGUUGGACUUUGUGGAGGGACGCAGGAAGCAGUACAUGAAGGCAGCGCUGCAGGCCAAACAGAAGAACGACAUGGACACAGCCAGAACCAUGCUUCGUACCGCCAAGGGACUGGAGCCGCUCAUAGACGCCGUCAAGGCAGGCAAACACGUCGACAUCGGCAAGGUGCCGUCGCCCCCUGGUGACGAGGAUGAGGACUUCAUCCUGGUUCAUCACAAUGAAGUCCAGAUCUCAGAGAAGGCAGAUGAGGUCUACACUCAACUGGCCAAGAUGCUCAAGGAACAGUACGAGAAGUGCAUGACUUACUCCAAGCAGUUCACUCAUCUGGGUAACGUCGCUGAGACCACCAGGUUUGAGAAGAUGGCAGAGAGCUGUAAGAAGAGUCUAGAGAUGUUGACGCUGGCCCAGUCUAAGAGACUGGACCCUCCUAAACAUCACUUUGAGGAGAGGACGUACCACACCGUCAGGAUCUUCCCAGAGCUCAGUAGUACGGAGAUGGUGGUGGUGGUAGUCAGAGGGAUGAAUCUACCUGCUCCUUCAGGUAUAGCUACCAAUGACCUGGAUGCCUAUGUCAAGUUUGACUUCCCCUAUCCCAGUACGGAACAACCCCAGAAACACAGAACGGCUGUGGUCAAGAACACGAACUCUCCAGAGUUCAACCAGGGCUUCACUCUGAACAUCAACCGGAACCACAGAGGCUUCAGGAGAGUGGUCCAAUCUAAAGGACUCAAACUGGAGCUGCUGCACAAAGGGGGAUUCCUGCGGAGCGACAAGCCUAUAGGGACGGCCCACAUCAAACUGGAGAAACUGGAGACCGAGAGUGAAGUACGGGAGAUAGUGGAGGUGAUAGAUGGCCGUAAACCUACAGGAGGACGUGUGGAGGUCAGGGUUCGCCUGAGAGAGCCUCUGAGUGGACAGGACCUUCAGACAACCACAGAACGCUGGUUAGUCCUGGACCAGUCACAGGUACUUCUCUAACUGCUGCUCGGCUGGGACGACUAGGAACACUUUAAAAGAUGAUUAACAACUUCUGUUGUCCUCUGAUGAAGAUUAUGACGGGAUGAUGAAGAGGAGGAGGAUGUAUGUUGUCGUGGCGGGCCUAUUUAGUCUUCCAGGGUUCUGGCAGUCCGACACAGUGAACACGGGUCUUUAGCUUGUAAACAUUUUGCACACGGAGAGAUGGAGCUUCUAUUCACUCUGGGGGGGGGGGAAUGGGCUCCAUGUUUAGCUAACCUUAAGAUAACAUUGGCCGGGAUUCAAUCAAAAGGGGCACUGCACUUGACUUUUAUAGGUCAUUAUUUUCCCGCUUGAGCCUAUAAUAUAUUAUCUAUAAUAAGAAUAUAUUAUCUAUAAUUAUCUAUUAUCUAUAAUAUAUUAUCCACCUAUGCACUUAUUCUACCAAAGUAAUCACUGUUGCUGUACGAUGCUGCAUAUUUCAAUUGCCUUGAAUAUCUGCCCUACUGUUUUAAUGAUUACAAUAAUAAUGUGUGAUAAGAACUUGGAUCUCUCAGAUGUAAUUCUUUGCUUACGUUGUUUUGUGGUUGUUCCCGGGACUGUUUCAUCUCUAUUCUCUGGAACAGUUAUCGGCCAGGAUUCAAUCCUGAUUAAAAUCCCCCGUUUUAUAGCCUCUUGAUUUUUUUUUUUUUUUAAGGUAAUGUCAAUCUCCGCGAUAUGUGGUAACAUUGCCUUUAAAAAAUAAAUAAAAGCUGCAUUGUCGACUAGAACGUAGGGGUUGAAUCCCGGCUUCAACGCCAGAACGGGAUAAUGUUCACGUGGACAUGACUGACUUUACAGAAGUCUUGGCUACCACUGCUACUGGACAUUCAAAGGCAAUUGGUCAACUGACAUAAGCAGUGUCAUAGGUACUCUUAAGGUGUCAUAAAUGGUUAUAAGGCUACAUAGCUCUUGUAACCGUGUCACAUUUUGAGCUGGAUAGUAUAGAUCUGUGUCUGAACUGACCCGAUUGGGCCCUGGUCAAAACUAGUGCACUAAAUAGGGAUUAUGGUGCUGUUUAAGAAAGAUGUCAUUUUAUCUUGUGGUGAUUGGGGUUAUUUUGUUUUUUGUGAUUUAAGUUGAAGAGACUCAUAAGUUUACACUUUAUAGCUGUGAUCCUCCGUACACAUAGAAAUGAUAUCAUCCGUGAGUUUGGGUUCAGCUGAGCUUUUAGCCAAGAACAUUUAGUUUUUGUUUGCGUGUAAAUCAAAGUUAUAUUUUAUGAGAAGAGUGGUAAUUUAAAAUGCUUAACAGCAAAGCCAUUAUGGUUACACGGGCACAGAUUAAGCCUAUACCGGACUAGGAAGCUUUUCAAUGGAGAAUCUUCAUUGAACAUGAUUUUUUGGGGGGGUCCAGGACAGUCUGUGCCAAUUAUAUCCCCCCCUAUUCUCUACUGAUAGCCAAUUAUACCCCCCCCCCAUUCUCUACUGAUAGCCAAUUAUAUCCCCCCCAUUCUCUACUGAUAGCCAAUUAUAUUCCACUAGAACUUUACAAUGUUGCUUCUAUCAGAAUAUUUCCAACUGGUGACUUAAUAUAAGUACUGUGCAUCAAUGCGGUCCCGUCAAUUCAAAAUAAUUUUUUUAUUAAUUAUACGUUAAGUAAUUUUCAUUUAACAAAAUGCAACUGUUUCCUCUGCUCCAAUAUGUUUGUAUGUAUAUUGGAAAGUUUAUCAUAAUGAGACUUAAAACUGUACAGGACCGAAGGUACCUUACCUUAAAGUUCUGAAAUGGGUAUUUGUGGCAAAAACUAAGCAUACAUUUCUCUUUUCUGUACAUUUUUAAUUAUACAUCUUACAGGUUUUGAUAGACUGCUUUUGACAUUUGUAGUAUUCAAUAAAGGAAAAAAGAUUU